AAUUUUGAUUUAGUUUCUUCUAUUGGCAUUGGUUGACCUGCCUAAGUCGAUCUUUGAUGCUUUCAUAGUUUCUGUCUUUCUCUCUGUUAUAUAAAUCAAAGUUCUCUGCAAUUUAAUUUUGUAUGUCUUCGUCUUAAGCUUUUUAUUCCAUAUGCACAGGUACAUGAAACAUAGAUUAAGUCAAAGUACAGCACUUCGUUUUCAGACAAAUUGUUCCAUCGUUCUGUGAAACAUCUGCACUAUCAGUAUGGUAUGACUGGCAAGUAAUUCCUCGCCUAACACAAAGAAAAGAUAAAAGCGAAGAAAAUCCUUCAUUCUAUGUAGGAAGAAAUAGCGAUCAAGCCUUUGACAGGUGCCUGUGCGGUGCGUGACAAGGAAAGACAACCACAGCAAGGGUUCUACUUUUGAGUAUUUUCCCUUUGUUUCACCGAGGUCGGAAAUUUUCUCCAAAGGCCGCGCUCCAGCAGAAAUAGGGUCAGCAAUGGGCACAAGGCUGCAGACUAGAUCAGAGAAAAUGAGGAAAACACAGCGUGAACAGAAGGACAGAGACAGUGAAGUUGUUCUAGAUCUAACUAGCUUUGUUACAGAAGUUGAGCACUUCUCUUCUCUCAUUGAACCGUUUGCCUUUUUCUUCUAUGCCAUUGAUGACAUAAGGAGAUGGCGAUUUCCCAAUGCUACUAUUGCAUUUUGGGUUGUUGCCAACAUUUGCUGUUUUGUUCUGACACAAGGUGCUGUUUUCAUCCUGGUUUCCUGUUUGGUCAUUGCUGUUGCAACUAUUUGCCUCUGUCAACUGCACACUCGUGUUCUCGACAAGUAUCUACCCAAAACCAAACAAGAGCAUGUCCGAAAUCAGGCUGAGGACUCCGAUACUUUAGAGACCAUACAAAACUUUCAAUACAGCUUGAUUCAAAUGCAUGAUUUUGUUGUGAAGAGCAAUGAAUAUUUGACCUACUUCUAUGCUGUUCUCAAGUGGGAUGAUACAGUUCCUGCCAUAAUUUACUACACAGAGGUAUGUGUCUCGAUGCUGUGUCUGGUUGUAUUUCCUGUGAGGUGGAAUUGUUUUCUCUUUUUCAACUGGUUUUUUCUCUGCCAUCCAAAUAUGAUAAAGUCUGGCUAUAAAUGCUGGAUGGAUUUUGUUGAAUCUUUUAACAAGUCAAAAGAGCAGAGUGGAAGCACCUUGUCAGCCAGCACAGCUCCAGCAUCUACUACUUCACAGCAGACUGUAGCUGCUGGGGACAUCAGUUCUGCACAAACUGCACAACUUAAUGAGCUAUCCAAAAGCAAGGCGACAGAGGAUAUUGAUAGCCUAGAGGGUGAUGACAAAGAUGAUUCUUCUGAUAUUGACCUGAUUGAGAUGAGUAAUAUGGUAGAUGAGUCAUUGAGUAAACUGGAACCAUCUCCCACACGUCCAGGCAUGGUAGCACGACUAUUGGAACUGAGACGACGGCGCUCACAGAUGGCCAAUGAGAAUUGUUUUGGCUGCAGAGUUUCUUUCACAUCUAUCCUAAAAAGAAGACAUUACUGUCGCCAUUGUGGUAACAGCUUUUGUAACAAGUGUUGCAAUCAGAAAGUUCCUCGCUCUGUGUUUGGAGCUACUUCUCCUGCUGCUAAUAAAGAGACAGUUUUGGUGUGCAACACAUGUCAUGCACUUUUAACUGGACCAGCAGAAGGGAGUGGUGCACAAGUACAGAAGAUUGGUGGUGAUUCAAGCUGACGAAAACGCUGUGUUUUCAGGAUGAAGAUUUAAUGGACUCUAAGGAAAUUGUCCUCAUGAAAAGCUGUUCUCAGUGUUUACCUGUGAAGUAAAACUCAAAUAAUUUGUGAGCAGAAGGCCGUCAACAGUAUACAAUUUGACUUAUUAGUGUCAUAGUGAUUGUGUACAUUCAGUAAGCUGUGAUAUAUAUUGCUUUUGGUCAGCAAGUUACAGAAUGAGAAAAACUUUAUUUUGAAUUGUCAGCUGGAUUUUGAUCAUUUGGUUUGUUCUCUCUUCUUCCCACUUUUAUAUUUAUAGUUAUUGUUUUUUUCAGUUAUUUUUAAUCAUAAAAACACCCAUCUAGCAGAAAUGCAAUUCUGUGACAUCUGAUAUUUGGACACACCUUACCUCAAUCAUUUUGCAGGUAUUCUAGAUAGGCAUUUCUGUUAGUAUGAUUUUUGUCUUAUUACAUUACAGAAAUGUUGAGCACCUAAGGAUGUAUAAAUUUACCUGCAGUUAUAUUCAGGGAAUGCAACCGAAUCUCUGAGGCUUGACAUGUCUGUUAUCUAAUAUGCCAUUGUUUAGUCUUUUCAAUAAAUCUUAAAUUAUUACAUUUUUUUUUUAAAGAACAUGAAAUACCAUAUUUUGAACUUUCUUGAUAGCACUAUACUGUUUUUAUAAGACUUUAUAAUGAGACUAUGGUUUCUGACAUACACUUCCUUUUAAUUAAGAUAUAGACUGUUAGGUAUUAAUAAUUUUUGUAUUCCUAAAUCUUUCUUUUUCAGAUGUUAUUUGAGUACAUUUAUUUAUAUGUGCAUUUUUAUGUUACAAUCAUUUGUAUGGAUGCACCUAUAUUGACAAGAUUUAAUAGAAAGGGCCUGGAACCCAUUUAAGGAGAUAUUUAUUAUUUGAAUAUCUAAUUUAUAAUCAUGUUUUUGUUUACAAAGUUUGCAUACUUCCAUAUAAUGUUGAUAAAUACAAACUACUAUUCUUUGUAUUAAGAUAGAAAUUUUGAUAGAAAACAGGGCAGCCAUAAAAGCUGGUAUUGUUUGUAUAAAAAUUCCAUUCUCUGUUUUUUUAGUAUAUAGAUCAUAAUACACUUGCUUUUACAUGACAUGUCAUUUGGCUGUGGGAUUUUGAGGUAACAAAACUGUAUGCAGAGACUUAUGCUGGACACAGAAUGGUCAAAUCUUCAUUGGUGUUAUUAUGAUUGAUUUUUAGUUUAUGAAGUGUUCAUGACAUCUAAGAAAACACAAUUCUGAGUUUGGCCAGAGGCACAACUUGAAGCUCCAUAGAGGAACAAACUAACUACACAGCUGCAGAACCUUUUUAAUGUCAGUAGCCUGUCAUCUGUUUAUUUUGUUGGGGAAAGUCUUGCAGGCAACUUCUUACCCUUAAUAGCAGGAGGAUACAGUGGAGUGGACAGGACUGAAGAAAUUGUUUGGUCCACUUCCCAUAUGUUCACAGGACAGGCAUUCAUGCCAGCCUUCAUGAGGUGGUGUUGAGGCAGUAGUGUCUGGUCCUCAAGCAGAAGAUCAGCAUAUGUUCAUGGCAUGAAAGUUGAUGGAGGGGAUCAGGUGUGGACUGUUCUGCCAUUUUUGUUAAAGAGCUGAUUUUCUUUUGUUUGCAAUUAGUGUGCUUGUUUCCUUGUAUGACCGACUUGUUGGCUAUUGGAAGCAAUGAGAGAACUCUAUAUGUGAAUGCAGGAAACGGAGGUAAGUUACCUACCAGUUAUUCCAUUUUUUUCAUUCAGGCGCCUAUGUUGUGUACUUUUUGUAGUCUUAUUUAACUAUCACAUAUUUUUUGUAUGUGUGCUUGUGUGUUAUAUAUAUAUAUGCAUGUGUGCAUAUAUGCAUGCAUUUUGUUCGUGUUUAUAAGGAUAACAAAACUUGAAAAUGUAAUAGUGAGCACAAAUGUCUGCUGCAAAUGUAAACAAUAUUACAAUAUUUUUUUUUAUCCAUAAUUCUUUAAUGUGCUGUCUUCUAAAUUAAAGCUGAGUUUAGACCACUUCAAACAACCAUUUAUUGUGAUUUAUUUAAGGCCUUAUGUGAUGUAUGCAAGAGGAAUAUGUAUUAAGGAUGAGUAGAUCAGUUUAACAUCUAUGUGCAGUACCUGUACUUUCUUCACACUUUACCUAGGGUAGCUGCACAACAAAGUAGCAUUAUGCUGACUGCAGUGGUCAUCCUGAAUUAAAAGAUAUUAAAGAGUACUUAAAAUAUUUUGCAUGUGAUUUAUGGUCAGCAGAAGCCUUGUCUUAAAGGCCAACAGAAAGAUAAUCAGCUUGAGGUGGGGGGAGCAAACUCCAUGCUGGCAGUGAAGGACAUUCCCAUUCUUGUCUCCUCUGUUUCUUUUUUGAGGGGGCAGCUGCCCCACUGGUUCUACUCCACUGACACAAGGGAAAGGCUACAAAGAGCUCAGUCUUGGAUUAUUUUGAGAUGCCUUCUGCAGUUUUGUAAACACCUGAUUGAAGUUGUGUCUAUAUUUCCCCCCAUCUGGUGUUCUAGUCUUCAUUUUAAAAAAUAAACCUCGCGUGUUUGUGUGAUCUUGUCGCUGUAUGAUGCUGUUUAUUUACUAAUAUCUUUUUUGUUUAGCUAAAAACUUUUGGAAACAUCUAAAAGUGAAAAAUCAAUCAUUUCUCUCUCACACUGUGAGAUGGCAGUCAAGCUUGUUGUUAGCUUUAUAGGCAGCUUACAUAGCAAAUGGGGUUUUAAUGCAAGGAUCCUCCUAUUUGUUUCCUGUGAAUGUGCAUGAUAACCUUCUCUUUUCAACACAUACAGUUUCGCAAAUGCACAAAUGCAAAUGCUUUUAAAAACUUAAUUUGCUGUUUUUAUUUUAAAAAUUAAUAUUAUUAAAAAAUCCUUGUGAAUAAAAAGAACUUCAAAUUUUGAGUUCUCUGCCCCUUGUCUUUUUCUGAAAUAUAAUUGCUGUAAUCCGUCAUAAUGACAGGCAGGUCCUGUGGGCCAAGGAUUCUGUGUACCUGCAUGCAGGACCAACAGACUGAGGCUGUCCUUUGUUGUUUCAGCCAUGCGACUUCUAAAUGUUACUGUGUGCUGUCUGAACCAUGAAUGUAUGAGUCUGUUUGGCAGAUAUGAAUAUAUUGUGGUAACAUUUGGUAGUAUUUUUUGUGCUUUCUUAUCGCCCUGAACCGAGUUGUAUCUGGGAUGAAUAAAGUGUUAUCUUAAUUAUAA